AUGUCGGAAAUACGAACUCCAAAGAGCGGUAAAGCCAAACGUGCAGUCGCGUCGCGAGCUCCUAAGCCGAUUGAAAAUGGGAAGAAGACGUUGAUACUUCAUGGAACGAAGACAAGUGCUACUCUUAGCUCUGUAUUGAUGGAACUGUACCGUCUUAAGAAGGGAGGUGCCAUUAAAUACUCGAGGAGGAAUGAGAACAUUAGGCCUUUCGAGAGUGGAGGUGAAACUUCAUUGGAGUUCUUCUCUCUUAAAACAGAUUGUAGCAUGUUUGUGUAUGGCUCUCACACAAAGAAAAGACCUGACAAUCUUGUACUUGGAAGAAUGUACGAUCACCAUGUCUAUGAUCUUAUAGAAGUUGGGAUAGAGAACUUUAAAUCUCUUCUAUCGUUUUCCUAUGACAAGAAAAUAGCACCUCAUGAAGGAUCAAAGCCUUUCAUUUGCUUUACUGGAGAAGGGUUUGAGAAUGUACAAGAGCUCAAGCAUCUAAAAGAAGUCCUGAUUGAUCUGUUUCGAGGCGAGGUUGUGGAUAAUCUAAAUCUUGCUGGAGUAGACCGUGCUUAUGUAUGUUCAGCUGUAUCCCCAACUAAGGUUUUCCUUACUCAUUGCGCAAUAAAGCUUAAAAAGUCAGGGACAAUCGUGCCUAGAAUAGAGCUUGUUGAAGUCGGUCCUUCCAUGGACUUGGUUAUCCGGCGGCAUCGUCUUCCCGACGAAGGCCUAAUGAAAGAAGCAAUGAGAACAUCCAAAGAUAAGCCUAAGAAGAAGGUUAAAAACGUUACUCAAGAUCCAGUACACGGGAAAUCCGGGAGGAUUUAUAUUCCAGAUCAGGAGAUUGGAGAGAAACCAAUGCCCGAUAAAUCCAAGGGAUUGAAGAGAGAGCGUAGAGAGGCAAAGCUCAAGCAUAAGGAAGAAGGGUCUGCUUCAAAAAAGAAGAAAGCUUCUGAGUAA